AUGGGAAGAAGCAAGGCUAUCACCAUAUUGAAGGAAGUCUCAGAAGAAGAAGGAAUUAGACCCUCAGAAAAGGAGCCAGAAAUCUUGAAGGAAGGUGUGGAAGAAGCUAAGCAGGAAAGUGAAACUGAGCAAGCCAAGGAACUGCAAAAUAAAGGCAUGCUGGAAACAUACCAACCAAAAGCACCAUUUCCUCAGAGGUUAGGAGGAGGUGAAAAAGGGAAAACAUAUUCAAGGUUCUUAGAGACAUUUAAGUCUCUCCAUAUCAAUAUUCCCUUUCUUGAGAUCCUCCAGCAGAUGCCUACACAUAUCAAGUAUUUGAAGGAAUUGAUGAGCAAGAAAAGAGUUUUGAAGGGAGGACAAACUGUAAUAAUGAACAAGGAAUGCAGUGCACUCAUCAAGAAGGAUAUGGUCUCUAAGAAAACAGACCCAGGAAGUUUUCAUAUCCCCUGCAUCAUAGGGGAAACAAAAAUUGACAGAGGAUUCUGUGAUCUAAGAGCUAGCAUAAAUAUGAUGCCUCUAACUCUUAUGAAGAGGCUACAACUGAAUGAGGUGAGAUCCACUGAUGUAAUCAUACAACUGGCUGACAAAACUCAAAAGCAAGCUGAAAGAGUAGUUGAGAAUGUGCUGAUGAAAGUGGGAAAUUAUUUCUUCCCCACAGACUUUGUCAUUUUGGACAUGGAGGAAAGCUACCUACAACCUAUCAUUCUGGGAAGGCCAUUUCUAGCCACUGCUAGAGCACUCAUCAAUAUAGAACAAGGAGAGCUAAUUUUGAGAGUAAAUGAUGAACAGCUCAUUUUCCAUGCUUUCAAGCCUGCAUCUGAGCCUGAGCCAGAACCUGAAAAGCCUAAGGAUGAUAGUAGCCAUCUGUGUUUGGAGGAAAGAAAUCCAGCAGCUGAAACUCUGAAACAGCCCUUGGAAGGCAAACAAGAUUUGCAAGACUUGUCACUUACCAAAACUAAAGAACCAAUGGCAGCCUCAUCUAGCCACAAAAGAAGAAAAGACAAGCAGCCAAUGGAGGAGGAAAGGGAAUUCGAUGCAUGGAAAUACAAAUUAGUUUUCCAUGAGAUUCAGGCUGAAUGGAUGAGACCUAAAAGGGUACUAGCUGAGGUUCCCUUUGACCUUGAAAAGGAUGAGUUCCCAGCCCUAAAAGAGCCAUCUUGCUACAUUGCAUUAUGA